AUUGCCGCCAGGAAGUGCUAUCUCGCUCGUAUCGGAAGUUGAAUUAUCAGCUGAUCAUGGUGUUUUGGAUGGAAGUUGCUUUUGGCACGGAGGGGCUCUUUCUUUAUCAUCUUAAGCAAAUCUUAAACGUCAAAGACACCGGAAAAUAAAGCUGAAUGUAACAGUCCGGCGCCUCCAACAACCGAAACGGCCGAACGCGGAGAAAUCCGUGUUAUUAUGAACAGAUGAUGGUCAUAAGUGGUGAUCUGUUUGCUUGCUGUUGAAUCAUCGGAAAGAAAGAAAACAACGUCAGGCGAGGCUCGUGCGAGUCACUGAUAGUCUGAUGUGUGUGUCUUGACUCGUAUAGAGCGGUCAUAAAUAGAUUAAUGUAACUGUUUGGACACGAAAUGUCCUUCGUUCGCUGUAAUAAAUAGUAGCUUACGCGUUAUAUGCGAUUCAGGAGUAAGUCAAAGGUCAGAUGAAAGUGUUUUUUCUUUUCUUUUUCUCACAACAGACAGCAGUUUUAAAAAUACUUUAUUCCCAUGUAUGUGAGUUAUAAGAUAAAUAACGUCUUGGAUUAAUUCAUGUUUAAAGAAGUUGAUAAAAACAGCUGCAACCUGUAACCAAUUGGUCCUGGACAUCAGCUCGCUGUGACUGACAUACAGUUUACUUGUCUAAUUUAUUUAAGCUUUGUCAUAUUGAUCUUUUUGUUGGUGUGUUUGUAAAUGUGUACCUGUUAGUCUUUGUAUAGUGUUAUUUAUAAGCAUGGUGACAGUGGAAUGCGUUGAUAGCUUGAUUGCAUCACUUGUGUUUUGACAUAUCUGACGUCAGGGUGUCCUGUGUCACUCAAACUGUGUUUAAAGUGUGUGGGAGCUUUUUAAACAUACUACUUCGUAAUAUUUGGACUUAUUUGGUGAUUUAACGGUGGAUUAUUCAAGAUUUUUCGAGAGAGAAGAUUCAGAUCUGGCACAGUCAGAGAUCCUCGUUGAUAUCCCCAAUUUCUCCCCGCCAAUGCUGGAUCUGGAGGUCGUUCCUGAGCGAUCUUUGGGAAAUGAACAAUGGGAAUUCGCAUUAGGGAUGCCAUUGGCCCAGGCCAUUUCCAUAUUACAGAAACACUGCAGAAUCAUCAAAAAUGUCCAGGUGCUCUACAGCGAACAAAUGCCACUCAGCCACGACCUCAUUCUCAACUUGACUCAGGAUGGAAUUAAACUGCUGUUUGACGCCUGCAAUCAGAGACUGAAAGUAAUUGAAGUGUACGAUUUGAGCAAAGUGAAACUGAAAUACUGUGGAGUACAUUUUAACUCUCAGGCAAUAGCACCUACUAUUGAGCAGAUUGAUCAGUCCUUUGGCGCUACUCAUCCAGGAGUCUACAAUGCUGCCGAGCAACUCUUCCACCUGAACUUCCGAGGGCUUUCCUUCUCCUUUCAGCUGGACUCCUGGAGUGAAGCUCCUAAAUAUGAGCCUAACUUUGCCCAUGGCUUGGCCUCCCUGCAGAUUCCCCAUGGGGCCACUGUCAAACGGAUGUACAUUUACUCUGGAAACAACCUUCAAGAAACCAAGGCUCCGGUGAUGCCUCUAGCCUGUUUCCUUGGUAAUGUGUAUGCAGAAAGUGUGGAGGUGCUGAGGGAUGGGGCGGGACCGACGGGUCUCAAACUUCGUCUCCUCACCGCAGGAUGUGGCCCGGGAGUGUUGGCUGAUACGAAAGUGCGGGCUGUUGAGAGAAACAUCUACUUUGGAGAUUCUUGUCAGGAUGUUUUGAGUGCUCUUGGCUCCCCGCAUAAGGUCUUCUACAAGUCAGAGGACAAGAUGAAGAUCCAUUCACCCUCCCCUCACAAGCAAGUCCCGUCCAAAUGCAAUGACUACUUCUUUAAUUAUUAUAUUCUGGGAGUGGAUAUACUGUUUGACUCUUCAACCCACCUGGUCAAAAAAUUUGUUCUUCACACCAACUACCCUGGUCAUUACAAUUUCAACAUAUAUCAUCGGUGUGAUUUCAAGAUUCCUCUUAUCAUUAAAAAAGAUGGGACAGAUGCUCAGAGUGAGGACUGCAUUCUGAGCACUUACAGCAAAUGGGAUCAGAUUCAGGAGCUGCUAGGACACCCCAUGGAAAAACCAGUUGUACUACACAGGUCAUCUUCUGCAAACAACACCAACCCUUUUGGUUCCACAUUUUGUUUUGGACUGCAGAGAAUGAUAUUUGAGGUCAUGCAGAAUAACCACAUAGCUUCUGUGACUCUCUACGGAGCGCCUCGUCCAAGUAGCCUGGCCCGUGCCGAGCCAAGUGCCCACUGAGGAAGCCGCCAUGCCCACGGUGCCCGUCCAGCCCUGCAGAGCCUCUGAACUGACCAGUAGAGUGUGCCUUCACUCACUGCUGCCAUCACACAAGCUAAAGCAAGACAUGCUGGGAGUUUCUCUGGAGUUGAACUCGUCCCCCCUUCACAUCAUAAUGGAGGCCUCAAUUCGGUCUCCUCAAUAAUAGCAUGGAGGCUGCCCUCAGCCUGCUAAUUAUCCCAGAUAACCAUGCAAACCUGGCUCUGCCCCCAAAGCUUUAACCCAGACAUGCAUCAACGUCAGCAUCGUUAUAGUACUUGUGGAUGCACAGUGAUUCAUUUCCACAUAUUUGUGUAUUCCUUUUUUUUUUUUUUUUUUUUUGCCCAACCUUCUAAAUUUCCAUACCAGACGCACCAAAGGGCAAACAUUGAACCGAUUUCUCCCCUGCACGCUAAACACUUUAACAAAAACGCACAUGCAUUCGACUUCAUUUGCUUUCCGAUGCGCAGAAGAUGAGAACAAAGUCAAAAGAGGACAAACUUUUGCCGCGUAAAUUCAAUGACGAGUGUGUUUUGUAUGCAUUUACGUAAGGUUACAAGCACAAGCUAGCACAGUGUGGAUCUAGUGCUGUGAAAAUGUUCUCAUGGCACAUGAACAGGCUCACAUACACACAUAACGAUUCAUAAACCCAUUUCAUACCAAGUCAACAGCACAGAUUACCUCCCAUUUCAAUACCGUACACCCGCUUACGUUGAUUCCGUUAUUGUUUUGUUGUUCAUGAGCGCAUUAGUUUUGAACAUUUGCACUAAAAUACACCUAAUUUACUUGAUAAUUGUCUCCUGUCCACUGAGGAACGUUUUAAUUGCAAGUCUCAGAGAGAAAGGACGGCGGGGGAGGGAACGACGACGUGCAAUCUGGAUUUCAAAGCGAGUUGUAACCCAGACUGGAGAGAAAAGCCAUCCACCCAUCGCUGUUUCUUUUUCCCACUGGAUGUCAUGCCGUCAGUUCUGUUUGCGUCCUUUUGUUUUGUGCAAAGUAGAAAGAUGUGAAGUUCUUUUACCUUGUUCAGUAUCUUAAAGUCUUAACUGCAGAAUUGUUUUGUCGCCUGAUUGCCAAAUCAUUAGCCAAAGAAGAAACAACAGUUCGAUCUCUGUCACUUUUAAUAUCCACAGUGUAAGAACAUUCCCUUUUUGAUUUGAUCUAUUAAGUCCCUGAAUUGUUUUUAGCAUAGCAACUCGAUCAAUUUUUAAUUGCUUUUUGAUUUGAAGCUUUCUCUAUUGCUUACUACUCUACAGAUUUGUUGCCGAUGUUUCCGUAGCAAGUAGAUGUGAUGUUUUCUCAAGCACAGUGUGUCCUUGUCUGUACAGAUCUGUAAAUAGUGUGCAAAAUUUUAACUGUUUCUUUGCCCUAACGGUACCAUAUCAGAUCAGCUGAUGUUUUGAACUCCCCUAGACUGCUAACAUACUGAGAGUGUCUGGUUUUCUCUGCCAGGGACACUAGAGCAGCUUCCCUCGACCGUUGUCUUGGAUGGAAUAGCCUACAUUUGACCACUGUUGGAGAUGACUAGAGCGUUUUAACUUCAGUAGAUGGUUUGUUCACCUCGAACUACUGUUCGUUGCUUUGCUGCCUGGCAGCGUAAACCACCCAUGGCUGUCAUGUCCACCUCCCUUCGGGCUUCUGCAGUGUGUGGUUCAGGCUAACUUGGGCAUUUUUAGCUUUCUGUUACAUUAACUUCUCAUUAACUGCGCUGGAAGACCGUCAGUGGUGUUUUUAACAUAUUUUACCCUUAGCGUUUGGUCUUUUACAAGGAAGAUGCUAUUAACAUUGUGCCUCAUCUCCCACCGAGCCUGUCUUGACUUUUUCUCUGUAAAUGAAAUUGUUUGAACUGCUUUGUGUAUGUCUGAGCAUGUAAAGCUAAAUUGAUAGUCAUAGUCCUUUUGUUCUGAAAACGUACCUGAAUAUUAGAGGAAGAGGGAAAAAAACCCUGACUUGUUGGAUAUUGAACUCUUUUCAUGAAGGGCUAGUUUACUGUGUUCAGUGUGUUUAAAUUGAAACUGCAGAUGACCCUUCGUGAUUUGAAGUUCGCAAAGUGGUUGUGGUGUUUCUGUCGUAAUGCAAUUUGUACUUUUUGAAACUGGUGUGGAGUUCCACUUUAAAUAUGGUUAGAUCUUAAAGCAAACUGUUUAGAUGCACAAUUGGAAUCUCCGUUGUCGAGGAGGAACAACACAACCGCUUUUUUAGUAUCAUUUAGGGAGUGUAACUGAGGGGGGAGUGUGGUCUGAUGGGCUGAUUGCCUGCCCAAUCUCAGGUGGAUGUUUUUUUUUAACGCCAGGAGCAAGUGAAUGCUUUCUUUUAAUCAAAUGGGUUUUGGCUGUAUUGUUUCUUCUUCAGACUUUAUCCUAUUUUUGCAUCGGAAUGAAUGAAUGAAUGAUCAUCCUGAGGAUUGUAAUUAGAAAUGGACAACCUCCAUACAGUGUAAUGCGCAUAUUAAUGCUAUGUAUUGUAUCCCUCUCUAUAUUGUAUGUUCUUCCCCAUCCUCCAAAAAGUGAUUAUUUUUUGUGGAUUCAGUACAUUUAACCCAUUUCUGGAAGUGGGAUUUAUCCUCGAUUAAAAAAAAAUGUGUGUAUCUAAA